AUGAUUGACGAUGACGAGAUUGACGUCCCACUAGAAGGUUUAGCUGGUUUAUCAUUCCCAACUUGUAGGUUCCGCCUUUUUGCGGCAUUUUACCUUCAACUACCUUACAUUUGAUAAACUGCCAAAUGCCGAAUGUAAACUACUUAUGGUAAUUUUUCUUCUACCUGCUCACCCCCUCCUCAGCAUCCGGUGGCAGGUUGUUACAGAUCAACAAGCAAUAGAAAAAAAUUUCCUAUGCUAUCAAACGCAAAUGUAAGAGUCCGCAAUAUUCCUUACGUUGCAGCCAAUUACCCCAUCUUUAGACUCGACUUUGAAGCAUUUGUUUCAAAUCAUAGACAAUUAUGAGGUAACUACCUUUUAUGAUGACAUAGGUCUUAGGAUGUGUUUUACUACCAACGACACCCGAAAAUGGAAAAAGUUCGAGAGCUUUACAGCGCCCAUGCUCUUAACCACGCCUUAAAGUACGUCCUUGCAUGCGAUUUCAGUGUCCCUAUUCAGAUCGAGAAAGUUGGUUAUGAAGAAUAACGCCCGGGCGGAAAAAUCUGGACUGGAUGAGUAAGUCUAUUUCGGACUAUCAGAGUGCAGUGUUUAAUAUUUUAUUGGUCAACGUUUGCCAACCUCAGUUUACUCAUGCAUACUCCUUUGCUUCAUCCACCCUUCUUUGCUACUCUCGAAUUAUGGUUUAGGAGGGUUUCGUAGUAGUGACGGGGGCAUCGGGUUGGGAAUUGAAAAUAACUGGUUUAACAGUAAUAUAAGCAUUCAGAGGCCGGUUAUUAUUCAUUUUUGGCUCUGCACUUUGUGCAGAAGUCGGAUCAUCCGAGUAUGACGCCAUGCUUACAGGAUAAAACUACCUGGUACGUUGGGACGUUUUUAAGCAUCAGGCAGGUUGUUGCACACCACCAUAUAGUGCCCUUACGCUCUCCAGAGGUCUGAGGUAGACUCAGACUCUGUUCAGACGUCAACCUCAGGAGGCCGCUGUCUCUGAUAUCUUAAAAUUACAGUCAAUAUCGUUAAUUGUGGAAACUCCCCAAACAUUUUAUUCGGAUCCUUCAGGUCCCACUUGUGUUGGUUAGUCGACAAAAAACGGGCGGUAUGAGUCAAACCAAAAUUUAAAGCGUUCCGUGUAGGCCACCACAUUGUAUGUAUGGUGAACUAUGUCUGCACGCUUGCAAAGCUAGAAUUCUAGGCGCUGACUACUCCGUUGGGGGAAAGGGGAGAGGAUGGCUGUGCUAAAGCUCUUUCUGGGUUACGUUCGACUAUUUUACAUUUAUGGUAAGGAACUGUUCACGCCGGUUUGAUUGCGUCCCAUAAUACCAGUCAGGUGAGUGUAUGGCUUUGGCGACUUCAUAUGAAAAAUUAUUCUUCAGAAAUCUCAUUGGAUCGCUUUCAUGCCUCAUAUCUGAUUUUCUCCUCAGAGUUAGCCUUUCUUUUGUCGACGCAUGUUCGAUUUGGACACUUUUAGUUCACUGCGUGAUCAGGGCUUCCACAGGGCUCGAGUUCUCAUUCUGCUGCCCACUCGCGAGGCGGCCAGACGUACUGUACAUCAAAUGCUUCGCCUGAUGCCUAAGGGCUCCACUGUCAGCCACAGGAAGCGCUUUGAACGAGACUUUGGUCCUCAGGAAGGGCAGACUGAUCGAGAGAAGCGCAAGGGAAAAAAACCCGCGGACUACGAAGAAUGGUUCUCCUGUAAUUUUCCCUUUGUCUUUCCUGUCUCUCAUCAUUCCUACAGUUUCCUUUUGGGUGUGUUGACGCACUCCCUCAUCCACUCCUCCACGCUGCUAGUCUAAGUUUGCUGGCCUUCAUCAUAUAUAUUGCACUGUAAGAAUCGCUGCACCCGCGUGUUCCACCGACCGAGCUUUAAUUGUGGCGUCGGCUUAAUGUGCACAUCUGAAGGCUCUAGGCGUUUUGAAUAGUAACCUUGGUAAAUAUCUAAGGUGGGGUCAAAAGACCUCAGCUUUCGGUCAGUAUGCAUAGCAUCCAGGCAAGCGCCGUUUAAUAACCUUUGGCUCUUGUCAGCAAUCGGUAACAGACUAAUAGCAUUGAAUAUUAUCCCUUACUAUCUGAAACUUCUCGACUUAAACAACACUCAUUUGCGUCACCAUAGUUCCCUUUUGACUUUGGCUAACUUGUGCGUACUCUGAAUUCUUCUGCAAAUAGCAAAUAUUGAUGACAAGUUUCGGAUCGGAAUUGCCGUAUCAAAGAAGUCGGUGAAGUUGUAUUCGGCCUUUGCGGAUUCUGACAUCAUACUGGCCUCUCCAUUGGGCUUGGAAACCCUGUUCAAUGACACUGAGUAUGUUGAUUUUUCUGUCCCAUCUCAUCUUUCCUUUUUGCUAAUUUGGUUUGGCACUACGCCGUUCAUCCCGCGCUUGGCAUUUAAAUCCUAGAGUUGGAAGUUUCCAUUAUAUCGCUGUGGCUCGUGCCAAACCCAGAAGCUUUCGGGUUCCCGCGGUGAUGGCAUUCUUUUUUAUGUUUCAGAGACAAGACUCAGGAUGUGCAGUACGUCACCGCGUCGAUUGAGCUACUAAUUGUCGAUCAGGCGGAAUUUCUACUGAUGCAGAACUGGGCCGCCGUACAGGAUAUUGUCGCUCGUCUCAACCAGCGUCCUGCAAAGCCAUCAAUUACUUCGCCCGCCCGCAUCCGUCUUGCCUAUCUGGCAGGUUUUGGCUCUCGAUUCCGCCAAACCCUCCUUUUCUCCGCCGUGGAUUCGCACCUUAUCUCUGCGCUUUCCAGCAAGUGUGAGAGUAAGUUACUCGCCCGCGUGUCUCACAGCUACGCUUAGGUUUCUUGUCUUGCACGCUUUGCUUCUGCCGUUUAGAAGUAACCGCCGGCCUUUCAUGAGUAACAGCGCAGUACCAAAGCUUAUUUCGGACAUCCGUAGCCGUAAACUUCAGCCACUUUCUGGGUUGUCGAGUGCUCCAUUGUAAGGAUUAGGUUAGUACCAAUACGGACUUGCAUUUUCCAGGCCAAACUUGAACACCCCAUGACUGUUUCCUCGGACUCGGCAUUCUUAUUGUUAGUACUUGACUCUGGAAAAAAUGCACAUAAACUCGAUAACGUCUGUUCAGUCAGGUUACGAUACUGUGAUAGAAAACGGAAGUACCAACUGUCCUUCGCAAAUACAGUGAUUGUGAGACUGGGACCGUUCAAGUACAGGUCCUGCCAAAACUUAGCCUUCAUGUUAAUGAAAACUGAAUUGUAAAAAUGGCCUACGCACGCAUUCACUGCCCUCGUCGUACAAUUAAUUGCGCUGGUUUGAACUGCUUGCAAUAACUUACUUCGUUUAGUAACGCACUGACGUGAAAUCCUGUCGGUGAACCAGUUAUUCCUUCCCCUUAAGAUUUGCUCCAAAAUGAACUCAACCUUCUUUAUAAAGUGCUUAUCACUUCUGUUGUUUAGAGACCUCCUGUAUCCGGUCGUCGCUGGAACUAGAGAGCUCUGGCCGAAAUCUUUAAAGAGACUCUUAACUAGGAUGGAUUACAUAAGUGGCUGUGGCAGCCUUUGGCUCUAUAACUUUUGCAGCUACAUGUCUUUCUCUCGUUCGUGAAAAGCCGCUACAUAAGUGAUGCAUAUUUUAGGUGUUUUUCUAUAUUUAGUUAAUUUCCAGGUGUGUGAGCAAUCCUGUCAUUCUAUCGAAAAUUGCGUUCUAAAAUUUAGCAGUAGGGCAUAUAAGAUAUUCACUUCAAACCAAUUAACACUCGCGUCGUCCACUAUCUGCAGGCUGGCUAAGGGGGCUCUUAAAGUGUUCAGCGUAGUCCAUAUUUAAAUGUUUUAAGCGUGAGGGACCCUAUUUACAGGGCUAGGGACAGAAAACGCAUUGCGACAAGACGACAUUUGGCAUGAACUUUCAAAACGCCUGCUCCUUGCAAGGAGCGCAAAUUUAAAAGGCCUGGUGUGCUACAAGCGGGGUCCGAAGAAUGAAAAAUCCCUGCAUCCGUUCUAGGACGUAUGGCUGGCGUCAUAGAGACAUCAAACCUUGAUGAAAAACGUUGCCCUCCUAAGCUGUGAUUUUCUCAUGACUGUGACCGCCACAGGUGCGUUCACUUACGCCUACGUCCUGUGUUUAUUACUAAGUAAUUUUCCUCAGAAAGCACAUUUAAAAGUCUCAUCAAGUUAUUCAUGUAGUGCGACACCGAAAAGGUAAUUACGCUUGUCACUGUGCUAAAAUGGGACCAUCGUAUGGUUGACUCGUUACACAGUCUUACCAGCUUGUUUAUUUCAUCUGUUAAGAUCAAAACUUGAAAAAAUAUUGUUCAGCUUGCCGACAUGUACCGCACAUUGUCCAUCCACUCGCAGAUCGUUGUUUACGGUGUUUGGUCCUUGGCGAAGUUCCCUAUUACCUACUUAUUACUUACAUUUGUCCAGAUCCGGUAUCAUAGUGGGUUCUUCUUUCGAAAUUUUUGCCUAAAUUUCGGGUAAUUGUUUUAUCUGAUGGUCCGUAGUUGUCUUUCUACUAGGUGCGGACAGGACUCUGCCUUAAAAUCCUUUUGGUGAACCAGUUAGUCCUUUCUCUUGGUUUCUCCAGAAUGGACUCGACCUUCUAAAUAAACUGCCCGUCACUUCUGUUGUUUGGAGGCUUGUAUCCGGUCGCCCUGGAACUAGUGAGCUCUCGCCGAAAUAUUCAGAUACACUCUCAAGUUGGAUGGGCUAUUUAAGUGGCUGUAGUAGUCUUUAGUCGGCGUUUGGAUUGAUAAUUUUUGCAGAUACACUUGUUACUCUCGUUUGUGAAAAGUCACUGCAUGAGAAGUGCGUAUUUCCAGAUCUUUUCCGGUACUCUGGUGAAUUCGUUCAUCCUUUUCAGAAGAGGUGUGCAAGCAUUUUUUACUGAAAACUUGCGCCACUGAUGCGUUGAAUUACGCCUGCGUCCUGUGUAUAACAUCAUUUCAGUCCCACCUAAGUAGUUUUCCUCUUAGAAAAUUGUUUAUGCAGUACGACAUCGAGAAGUGAUUACCCACGUCGUAUAGCCAACUCCUUCCGCAAUCUUGCCGGCUUGUUUAUUCCAUCUGUUAGGAUAGGAACUUGGGCAAAUAACGUUCUGUGUAGGAGUCAGCUCGUCGAAGUUUGCCGCACGUUGUCUAUCCAUUCACAUGACGUUGCCCAUCCCUUGCAUUCUGAUCUUAUUUCUGCGAAGUCUUCCCUCUCGAUGCGCCGCAGCUUCCGGCUUAUGUCCUGUCGAACAUCGGCUUUUCGAGCUUCUGUAUUACCAUUCCUGGCGUGCUAUCUUGCGUGUGAAGAGAUAGGAAUACAGAAGCUAAGACUUGAACUGCCCUCAUAAUAAUCGUUCCUUGUGUGUUAUACUUUUUGACUCUGGAAUGAUUUAUUAACUUGUUUACUUCCCAUAGUGAAUGGAGCCUAUUUUUUGCUGAAACGUUUGAGUUUGAUUCCAAAAUAAAGUGAAUUCCUCUCUCUCUCUCUCUCACUCUCCCUCCCCUCUUUCACACUCUCGUGUCGGGUGUUUGUGUUUUGCCAAAGUCUCUCAUUGCUUACCUGACUCAACUCUUCUACAUUUCACCGCACUUCUAUAUUUGUCCAAACGCCAUAUCGUAAUGGUUCCCCUUUCGACAUUUCUGCCUUGAUUUUGGGCGCUGAUUUUAUCUGAUGGUCUGCAGUUUUCUUCCGACUUGGCGGACUCUGUUUUUUUCUGAGCUGCUUAAGCCGAAUUACUCGGCAUUCACCCAUAAAGGUGUCAUUCCGACAUCAUGCACAUUACUUCUAAACUUCUGCUUGCGUGUCGGUGAUAAACCCCAAUUUGCCGCUGCUCUGACACCUUGUAGACUUCCAGGGACUGAAUCUCUUCCUGUCAGCUCCCCUCUAUCAGGGCGCUUUUCCCAGCUACCUGCCGGACAGCCAUCGAGUACCCGGGCUCAAACUUCCAAUACCACUGACUAAUGGUGCGACUGCAAGCACCCCGCAAGAGACCAAGACAGCCUUGGACAACUUCAAGCUAACCCUCCUGACCUUCGGGGUGUCCGGCUCGGCUGGUUCCAACCCCCUUCUGUUGUUCGAAAAGGAGUCAGACGAUGAGGACAACGAGGAUAGCGGUCUCAGCGAUGUCGCUGAGGAGGAGGCCCUCGAGCCGCCGAAAAAACGCAAAAAACAAACAGCUGCCUAUCAGGACACACUUCUGCUGAAAUCGGCAUUGCCGUCAGUCAACCUCACAGAGAAGAGUAAGUCUGCGACAGUUUUGCCUAGUCGGGGCGUCUUUCGUGAUUAUUGUAUGUCCGCAGAGUAAGCUGAAACCUGCCACUGUGACGAUUCCGCUCUGGGUAGUUUCCUUGGCAGGGUACUUCGACUAUCGCAAACGAUGAUGCCUGCCCUGUGCUCCACAGCGUGGCAGUCUUACGUAACGUCUGUCGCACUCCUUACUCUUUUAAGUCUGGGGACAAAACAGUCCCGACGACCGGAGGUGGCCAAUAAACUGAGCAGUCCGUCUACGCGUGCCACGCACGACGUCGCCUCAUUCAGGGGAAGCCAUUGCAGCCUGAAUUCGUCCUGAGAGGACCGAGUUGCCCUGUCGAUUGGCAGCCUUUGGAGCCAUGGCUUUUGACGCGUCGGGGUGGUUUGAGGCGCUUUGGGUUUCUUAUAGCGACCAAUGCCCUUAGGUGCCGUGGAAAGGAACUUCGCAAUGUCAAUCUCACUCUCUCUUCCCCCUUCCGUGCACCACCUUGUUGUCCGACACAGUCAGCCAUCCGAUGCUGUGAUUUGGUGCAAGUGACUAGCCCGGUGUGAGCCUGCACCCAGGCGUGCUACCGCGCCCUGUGUGUGACAUUUGUCGUUGCAUGCGCGAACUUUCCAAAGCUCAUUUAAUUCAUACGUGUGCUACUUCGGUCUACGUGUUUACCCAGCGCAUCAAUAGCGCCGCCCUCUUGAGGGCCCCAGUUUUUCAGUAUAAUACCAUGUUGUUUACAGCGAAGUGUAGAGGGAGACUAGUGCGGUUCUGUAGGUCGUUCGUGUUUUGCCUCAAUGAAUGAGCAUAACUUUUGGUGGGCGUCAUUGUUCUCGGUUAAGGAUCGGCAAAGUUUUGACUGGUAGAAUCGUAUGACACAACCAGGGGCUGUCACACUUCACGCAUCUCCCUGGUGUCCGGUUUCAAACCCCCCCCUUCCCUCCUAUUUUCAAUUCCACGGUAUUUGCAAGAGUUCACAAUCUAAUCCCUCCAAGAACCCUGCAUUUUGUGCAGGUAGUUAUUUCAGCAAAUUCUAUAAACGUUUGAUCUUCCGGUGGGUCUGUACUCGUUUCUGACUUCGUUCAAUGCUGGCAGGCCUCUAUUCGCCUUCUCUCAUUGUCUUGUGGACUACUGCCCUACGUUCACCUUGAUGUCUCCGGACGACAGUCUGACUUGGGAGGGUGCCAAUCGUUCUGGCGCUCCCACACAAACGAUCUGGGCGGACAGUCGGACGACCGAGUCUUCACGAUUUUGAAACCACUGUCAUCGUGGUGGUCAACUUGGGUGUUCUGUUCUUUUCGGAGAUUUUUCAGUCGAAUGCAUUUCUGACUCGGGACUACCUUCCUGUUAUGACAACAUUCCGCAUGACUGCUUCUUCAAGUGGUUCGACAGCGGUGCUCAUAUCUUAGGAUUUCCCGGGCCGUCACUGUCUCAAUUGUCAAUGCGUGUUGGCUACGGUGACUUCAUGCAGUUCACGUGACCUCGGGGCCUGGUGUCCAUUGCGGUGCCAACUUCAACAUAUUCAGUAAGAUCAUAUUACCGACAAAGACAAGGGAGACUGGAAUGGCCAUUUCUGGCCUAUUAGCCAUCGUCUGCCAGUCAUACCCAACCCCGAAGUGUGGAACACCCAAGGCUCGAACUCACGACCUGUUUAUUAGAAGCCCAUGCCUCUAACUACUGGGCCACGUGCCCGUUGCCAUGUCGGUUUUUGGUCGGGAAUAUACAAUGGUAGAGUAGCCCUCACCGAUCGUUCUUACGGAACUCACUCGUUCCGUUGUGCCAUACUGGCUCUCUCUCGAGCCCAACCAACAGCGGCACAUCGGCGCAUGCUAUAGGCGGUAUGCUAUUACCGAUAAGUACAACGGAGACUGGAAUGACCAUUUCUGGCUUAUCAGCCGUCGUCAGUCAGUCAUACCCAACCCCAAAGUGUGCAACACCCGAGGCUGCGCUGCUGCUGGUUGGGCUCGAAAGAGAGAGCCCGUAAGGCACAACGGAACGAGUGAGUUCCGUAAGAACGAUCGGUGAGCGCCCCGUACCAUAUUCUGUAAUUUUUGACUGCUGAGCGUUCACGAGAAAUACCAAUGGUCUUCUGUCCUCCCCAUACAUCUGUUGGCUGACAGGCUUGCACAAUCGACUGGUGCCUGGGAUUGGGAAGAUAUAGUGGCUGGGAAAUCCAUCCGUACAGGAAAUCAGCGUAUUCCACACUGUGUAGUAACUCUGACGUGCCUGGGCCCCUUAAGACCCCCCCCCCUUGAGUCAUGGUCCCCUCCCGGUGUGAUCUUUAUGAGAUUCGAGUCACUUUUACCGUAGUGGAAACCAGUUCGUGUGUGGCACACGUAGACGGCUGUUUCUAACCCCUGCGUCGUCGCCAAAUUCCGGUCGUAUUGGCUUCGUCCUACCAUUGGGACAGGAUGGGCGACAGAAGAGAGAAUGCAGUAGACACCGAGCAAGUCUGCCCCACAGCGAGUCGUCGGUGCCUGGAACGGGCUUCCCGAGGACGUAAUAAUGGCGGAUACCACGGAGACGUUCAAGCAAAGACUCGAUGCAUAUUUGCUUGGACACUAUCGCUUGUCUGAACAGAACAGCUCUGUGGUGCUAAACCAACGCCUUGCAUACUCAUACCGCUAAUGCGGAUGACUGUCAUUACAUUUUACUGAAAUCAUCUACAACUGAAUGUUCUCAAGUUUUGGUUCUACAUUUUCAUGGAAAAUAUUCUGUUAAAUGUGUAUAUUACUGACAACUUUUCAGUACCAUGUUUAUUUAUAGUGAGUUAUUGAAUGUACCGUUUACAAUAGGGUUUUCAAAGGCAUUGCCUAUUACUCUUAAAAUAUACUGAGCUAUAAAUUCACCCUACAAGUCUCCUGAGCUGCGCCCACUCUGUGGAGCACGCGGUGGGCGUUCCCGUUUGAGACAUAACCAGUUGGCCAACUACUUCAGCGCAUACUGAUUUGUUUUGAGCUUAGUCGUAUCAACCAAGGAAUUCAUGCGCACGCAGGUGUAUUUUGUAGUUGGAGAAUUCCUUCACUGCACUUCACUUUCCCUCACUGAAUGUACUGGUAAGCACCAAACACCUGUCUUUUUAGGCGGUCGCGUCGUGCCCCAGGCGCGUCUUUCAGCCUUCAAACAGCGUCUCCUACCCCGCCUACGCAGGGGUAUCGAUCAGCGAGUACUCAUCUACGUGCCAGAUUACUUUGAUCUAGAGGAACUGAGGAACCUUCUGCGUGAGGAGUCUCUUUCCUUCUGUCAUGUUCACGAGUGAGUUUAGCACCCCCUCCCGCCGCCCUACGCAGUUUGCGCAACUAUUCGCCUCUGACUGCUUAGUAAUCUUUUUGACCGGCCUCAGCUAGUGACUUCCUGUCUUUUCCUUUUCAGGUACCUUCCCGACAAUGAGGCUGAGCGUUACCGAAACUUGUUCGAUCAGGGUCGGAUCCGGAUCAUGCUUAUCAGCGAGAGGUAUUACUUCUUCCGAAGGUAGGUUUGCCACCUCCUACGAUUCAAACUGUCAGGAAAUCGCCAAUUUGUCGCACGUGAAGGAGGAGACACGAUCGCUGGGACAAGAGCUUUAUUAGGCUGAUGUUUCGGGCUCCUGCUCGAACGCCGACACGGGUGAUGAUGUCUCUGAUGAUGGGUUCGAGCAGGAACCCGAAACGUCAGGCUAAUAAAACUCUUGUCUCGGCGAUCGUGUCUCCAUCUUCACGACUGCUUUCUGGGACUCGUCUCUUUUCUUCUAUUGGAUUGGCACGUUUUGGAGGUCUCCCUUCCCCAACCAUCUUGUCUUUAGGACUGCCCCUACCGCCUUCGGUAGUGGGCAAAUGGAUGAAUUGCGGAGACUUAUUCUUUUGAAACAUCGAAUUCACCUGCCAGUAGCUCUCCAGUGGUUCUUAACUGGCCAUUCACCUGUCGUUUCGUCAAACACAAGAGGAGAAGCAGAUUUGGAAAAUGGGAUGAAAAUGUGUAAGCGAACGUUCCCGAACGGUUCGCUGAUGUAGCCAUGCGAACGGGAAAGUACUCAAAGUGGAUAGUUGUAUUAUAAAAGUAGUAGUCAAAAAUGGCAAAAAGUAUGUGAACAUGCAGUAGGUGUGCUAACUCGUAAAAUGUUCACCGAAAUUUCGAAAUGCGUUCUUGUUUCGAAAAGAUUAAUUAAGAAGGGUUUUAAAACUAAUCACCGUCCAACAUAAUUCUAUAAUGCUCCAGCUACCUUAGGGUGCCUUCUUUCGAACGAACUUAUUUCCGACUGCAUGCAAGAACUAUACUCUGCAAAAAAUGACUAUUUAAGUAGCAUACAAUUUUCUCAUUGAUUUUCGAUGCCCUUGAAAAUUCAAUUAUAUUCCAUGGAAAACAUGCAUAAAAAUAUUCAUUUUUUACUUAUUCGGUAGAAAAUCACGUCUUCUUUCAAUUUUAUACUUGAAGGAAGGGUACAAUUCGGUUUUUAAAACUUUUCCAAUUCCCAAAUAAUUUUGAACCCGACCUGCUGUUAUACUUGCAUUCAGGGUUUUCAAACCACAAGCCGCAUAUUUUCCGUGUACGGAAAACCAUACAUUUCUCUACGGUAUUAAGAGGAGACCAUAUGGGUUAACAAAAUCAAGCAGUGGAUUUGAGCGAUAUUGUUACUUUUACAAGCCACAUUGGUAGAUGCAGAUACAUGACGUUUUAUGGACGGCCAUCUCAUGGUAUUAAAAAAUCCCACAAUUAGAGACUUUUUGAAACCAAAUUAUACUCCUUCCUCGACCAUAAAAUUGAAAGAAGACGUGAUUUUCUACCGAAUAAGCAAAAAAUGAAUAUUUUAUGCAUUUUUUCCAUGGAAUAUAAUUGAAUUUUCAAGGGCAUCGAAAAUCAGUGAUGAAAAUGCAUGCUACAUAAGCAGUCAUUUUUUGCAGAGUAUGGUUCUUGUAUGCAGUCGGAAAUAAGUUCGUUCGAAAGAAGGCACCCUGAGGUAGCUGGAUCAUUAUAGAAUUAUGUUGGACGAUGAUUAGUUUUACAACCCUUCUUAAUUAAUCUUUUCGAAACGAGAACGCAUUGCGGAAUUUCGGUCGACAUUUCAUGAGUUAGUCCACCUACUGUAAUUGCUCGCUGUGUGUAUGACUAGUAGAAUCUACCAAUAGUCGUCGGAAAAUUGGAACCGCAGUGUUCCCGAAGGGCUCAGAGUCUGUUUUAUUGGACUCUGGUAGUCGAUUAAAUGCUUAGAUUGAUGGGAGCACGCGGUGGACUUCGUCGGCAACGACGGUCGAACUGUCGGUAUGUGCGUGUUUUCAACGGCAAUGCCUGAUGUGUGACUGUGUCUGUCCUUGCCUAGAUAGCGAACUAGUGCGACGUCCUAAUGUUCCUUAAGCCUCCUUGCUCUUCUUUUCACGGCCGUUUCCUUUUUCUUCUAGACGGAAACUUCGAGGCGCUCGUAACUUCAUUUUCUACGGCCCACCCACCUUCCCCUGGUUUGUGCGGGAACUGCUCUCCGCAGCUGAGGUCCAGCCGGCUGCGGCCACCAAUGCUGUCGGGGAGUCUCUGACUGCGGGCACCGCUGACCCCGCCGCAGCCGACGCCUGCAGCGUGACCAUCCUCUACUUCCCUCCCUGGGAGUCCCACCAAUUAGCCAUGAUCACUGGCAGUAUUGACGUCUGA